CUCCGGGCGUUGCGCUUCCUGGGUGACUCGGAUGCAGCUGAGAAGCGGGCCAGAUCAGCUGCUUUGGCGCCCCAGCCGGAGUCGAUGCCCGCGGGAGACCUGCCUGCCUUAGACGGGACGCCUCCCUUGCCAUUGCCCGGCCAAGGUGGGAAGGUCUCCGGCUCGCAACGAGAGCCGAUCCAGGGCUGCGGGAAUGCCCUGAGCUUGGAGGGCCGUAAGGAAGCUGAAGGCAAAAGACUGGGGAGGGUGGGGGGCAGUGGCUGCGCUUGAUCCUGCUGCCUCGAUCGCCUGCGCGCCCCGGAGCUGCAGCCUGCGCAAACCUCCCAAAGCUGUGCGCGCACUCGCUUGACACGGAAUUGGCCACCCCGGGAAAUGCUCCCGUUCACAAGCAGGUUGGUGAAAGAAGGGGUGACCCCGCCCCAUCCCCGCCCCACACUUUCCACGGGGGGUCUACUAUGCGAUGAAAAAUUCUCGGCUGCCAUCAGUCAAGGGUUUGCUGUUCACUGGUGGCGCAUGAGGGCAUGCUUUCGUUUAGUGAUUUUUUUAAAAAAUAGUGUUUCUUCAUACAAUGCAAGCUCUGCCGCUUGAUCUACGGAGAAGGCAGUUAACAUGUGUAAAUGAUAAAGCUGCAAGACGGAAUAAGAAUGGGGUCGCUGUAGCAAACCGAUGAACCCGGGAAGGGAGCAAAACCCAGGCAGAAUUAGAAACAGCAACUGUCCCAAUUUUCUUGCAUAAAAAGAGUUUGUAGCACCUUUUUUGGUAUGUGUCUUUAGUUGACCUAUUGCCUUGUUAAUCAUUUGCAUUGCAAAGCGCCAUGAAUGUAUUAAUAUUAUUAUUAAAUUAAUUUUGUAUACCACCCUAUGUCCGCAGGUCUCAGGGCAGUUCACAAUAUAAAAUCACAGUAUAAAAACACAAAUACAUUAUGUUCUAGAAUAAACAAAGACUAUGGGCACUUCCACUGUCAUUAUUUUGCCAGGGAAUUUGGGUUUGCGCAAUUAAAGUGGAUUCAAGCUCUGGCGCAGGAGUGGGAAACCUUUGGCCUGUUGCAUGUUUUGCUGGACUGCAACUCCCAUCACCCACAGCAAACAUGGCCAAUGGCCAGGGAUGAUGGGAGUUGUAGUUCAGCAACAGCUGGCAGGCAGGUCAAAGGUUGCCCUACACUGCCUCUGCACAACUAAUCUUUAAACAAUAAUGGCUAUUUGCAGUUGGGAAAGUGACUUGGAAAUAGGCUGGAAAGUGUGGGAUUAACGAAUGACACCCCACAAACAAAUCUGAAUGAGUACUCAGUGAAGACCAGUCACCACGUAAACUUUAGGAUGAAUGCUGAAUAAAUUAUUAUGGCAUAAACUUUCACAGGCUGUAGUUCAGGUUCUCAGUUGCAUGAAGAGUAAUCCUGCAUUGCAGGUACAUAUACAUAUUGCAUAGGUUGUAAACGAAGGACAGUAUAUAGACAGUGGUAUUUGCAUUAUGAAAAGUGGCCAUCCGUCCUACUCUGGUUAACACUUCAUGUAUCUGAGAAAGUGGACUGUAUGUAAUGCACAGAAGCUUAUGUCAUAAUUUGCUUAUGCCAUUUGUUUAAGAGGGCAAUCCUAUGUCAAGAUCUGCCAGGAUAGGCAGCUAUUCAAAGCGCACAGUUCAAAGUGUUGGUGCUGACCUUUAAAGCCCUAAACGACCUCGGCCCUGUAUACCUGAAGGAGCGUCUCCACCCCCAUCGUUCAGCCCAGACACAGAGGUCCAGCUCCAAGGGCCUUCUGGUGGUUCCCUCGCUGCAAGAAGCCAAGUUACAGGGAACCAGACAGAGGGCCUUCUCAGUAGUGGUGCCCUCCCAUCAGAUGUCAAGGAAAUAAACAACUAUCUGACUUUCAGAAGACCUCUGAAGGCAGCUCUUUAUAGGGAAGUUUUUAAUGUCUGGUGUUUUAUUGUGCUUUUAAUUCUGUUGGGAGCCGCCCAGAGUGGCUGGGGAAACCCAGCCAGAUGGUCGGGUUAUAAAUAAUACAUUAUUAUUAUUAUUAUUAUUAUUAUUAUUAUUAUUACCAAGUGUCAGAGCUGGCUCCAGGUCCCAGCUCACAGAGGACCAACGCUAGCCGGCAGUAAUGUACAAAAGUCUUUAUUGAAGUACAGUUUCCAUUUUCAAGCCGCAGCGCCCCAGCUCUACGUCUAGGGGUUAGAUCGGCGAAGCUCCGUCUGAGUCUCCGCCCCUUGUACACCAACUUAAUAUCCUAGCCCUGCUCCACCUUUUCCGCCUGACUGUUCUUCUCUGGGUCCCUCUGCCCCCUGGGGUCUCUUCUUUCCGGGAUUCUUCUGACGCUGACGUUCCCCCCCCUGACUCUUCUCCCUCCUUUCGGCGGGCUUUAGGACCUGGCUCCCUUUCCGGGCUGCCUACUGUGCCACCUUCCUGUGCAUUUGAACUUGGCGCGCGCGCCCAACCUUCCACCUUCCGUCUGACCGUUUCUUCGCUCCCCGAUGGAGGUGUGGCCACUCCUGACUCGUGCCCUCCCCCCUGUUGUGAGCUGCCAGCGCUUGAUCCCUGGCUCCCUUCCUCUUCCUUGCUCUCUGGCGGUGACGCUGGUCCCGAUUUCCAACUGCUCCCCUCUGAGUCCCCUCUGGCUCUAUCUUCCUGGGGCGUCCCCCUAGGCUCCCCCCUUGCCCUGGCCACUGGUGCUCCUUUCUGUGAAUCCUCUGAUUCACUGGAAAGACUCGGAGAUCUCGGGUCGUCGUCAUCACUCAUCUUUUCUUCUGCCUCCUCCCCCUCGCUCUCUGUUUCCUCCCUUGCCCUUGCCUCUGCUCCUGAACCCCUGACACCAAGGAUGCAGCACAUCUCUGACUCAACCAGAGUUAAGUCUCCAACCCCAACUCAGUGUAAUUUGCUCAGCUUGCCAAGUUCCACAAAAUGGGUGCUUUAUGGAUGGAACAGGGCCAGAGACAGAGGACCCAGGCUGGAUCCUAAGAUUGUUCAGCUUAGUCACGUGGCCUGACCACCCAGCACAGAAUACUAUUUUAAAGGCUCUUUUCCUCUUAUGCAGAGCAGCAACAGAAGCCCUGCUGCCAAACAGGGUUUGGAUCUGGUGCACCUUAACUUACUGCACCGGUUUUCAAGGUGCUGCAAGAUUUUUGUGUUCAUUUUCUACAACAGACUAAAGGGACUGCCGGACAGGUGCUUAUUGCAGGAUGGGUGCUGCCCAGGCAUGCAAGUGUUUCACGGCAUCUGCGUGACCUCGGCGGCAUCGAUAUGCCAGCGUGUGUCACCCAUUUACAGUGGUGCCUCGCAAGACGAAAAGAAUCCAUUCUGCGAGUCUCUUCGUCUUGCGGUUUUUUUCGUCUUGCGAGGCACCACUGUAAAUGGGUGACACACGCUGGCAUAUCGAUGCCGCCGAGGUCACGCAGAUGCCGUGACCAAACACCACUGUCAAUAAGUUAAAAAGAAAAUAUACCCUGAGCCAUUUGUGAUAUCUGAGGGACCCAUCUGAGAUACUAAGCCCCUGUCUGGAAGCCCUCAAAUGUGGUCACCCCUCUGGAAACUGUCAAAUAUCUUCAAGCUCUCAAGAAAAGAAUCCCCGUCACCAGGCAUCUAAAGGCCAAGGCGGGUGGAACAAGGUUGGUGUCACAGGAAGGGAGUUCCUCAAUACUGGUGUGGUGUUGCCGUUCUGUGAUGGUGGGGCCAGAGAGACUGAGGCUGGCAUGGAGAGCUUGUGGCCUUCUGGAUAUUGCUGGACUCCAGCUCCCAGCAGCCCAUCCCACACAGGGAUUAUGGGAGUUGUAGUCCCAGGGUGUGGUUCAAGGGGCACAUGAAGCCACUACCUUGCUGAGGCUAAGCAGGCCUGGGUCUGGUCCGUGGCUGGAAAGGAGAACACCUGGGUACCACAUGUAGUCUGCUUUGGGUCCCGUGAUGGAAGAAACCUAGGAUAUAAGUGUAAGAGGGAAAAUGUCCCUAAUGUCCCUUUAUUUAUACCCAGCCUGUUGCAUACUAACCUUCCUUUCUUUCUGAUUUUUCACUAGGCACCGCAAAGAGCCAAUCCGUGCUACUCAGGUAGGUGUGCAGUGCUGGUUUAUAGUUCAGGCAGGCAUAACCAAAACCCAGGUUACACAGAGACUUGGGUCUCCAGCUGUUUUUGAACUACAAUUCCCAUCAUCCCCAGCUAGCAAGACCAGUGGUCAGGGAUGGUGGGAUAUGUAGUCCGAAAACAACCCAAGUUUGGGAAACCCUGCAGUGAAAUGUCUUCAAUGUGCUAAGUGCACCCCAAGUUUAUCCCGGCAGGAAUGAGUCGCUGAACUCUAAAAAUGCCUAUCGCUUUUCUGGAAGGUGUGUGGACAUAUGUAGAAAGUAGUCUAUGGUACAAAGGUAAAGGUAAAGGGACCCCUGACCAUUUGGUCCAGUCGUGGCCGACUCGGGGGUGGCGGCGCUCAUCUCGCUUUGUUGGCCGAGGGAGCCAGCGUACAGCUUCCAGGUCAUGUGGCCAGCAUGACUAAGCCGCUUCUGGCAAACCAGAGCAGCGCACGGAAAUGCCAUUUACCUUCCUGCCGGAGUGGUACCUAUUUAUCUACUUGCACUUUGACGUGCUUUCAAACUCCUAGGUUGGCAGGAGCAGGGACUGAGCAACGGGAGUUCACCCCGUCGCGGGGAUUCGAACCGCCGACCUUCUGAUUGGGAAGUCCUAGGCUCUGUGGUUUAACCCACAGCGCCACCCGCGUCCCUUAUGGUACAAAGGUAACAUUUAAAUGUGUUGCUCCGCCCACUUUUGCCUCUGGCCCUGCCCACCUCUGGCAUGUGGCCCUUGGAAAGCUGCCCAGAGGGGAAUAUGGCCCUCAGGUUGAAAAUGGUCCCCCGAACGUGCCAUGUGGAAGAAAACAUGAAGAGCAUCCAUUCAAAUGUUUGUCACAAUGUGCAGGUCAUAUCUUGGGGUUGUUUUUCCCCUGCAGCCUCCAAAGUCAACGUCAUUAACGCACAGACAGGAAUACAGUUAGGAAAACGUGCAUUUCAAAUUGGGCAGGUGGGUUUUCCUCCAGGGCUAGUUUGAUGGAUGGGCAAACUUCUCCUUACAGAUGCGAGAGGCCUCCGAGACCAAAGGUGCGCUUCGCGAAAGAGCAGGGCCUUGCCACCUGAGCCCUCUGCUGGAAUAUCAUGCAGGAGAAUUAUGAGACGCUAAUCUCUCUGGGUAAGGAUUCCAGCGGUGCCAGUGAGGCAGUUCUGGUCCCUGGAACACGAGGACCUUUUCCCUUUAGACAGCCACGUGCAUUACCUUCCACAAUUGACAUUUUCCUUAUUCUGUCGCCGCCAUUCCAUACUUUACAACUCGUUCUACAUUCCUGUCGUGUCAGAGCGAAAAGGUAAAUAAAAAGAACAUGUAGCCACACUUUGAUUUUUAAAAGAAACAGCCUGCGAGACGGCCUGUUUUUAUUGUUAUGAUUAUUGCUAUAAUAUAUUGCUGUAAUAUAAGGGACUGGCAAUGAAAGCCUAUAGGUCUCUACUAAGCCCCAAAGAACUCCAUGGGCAAGGGUGAAUAGGAAGCUGCCUUUAUCUCAAGUCAGGCUAUUGACCCAUCUAGUUCAGUACAGUGGUACCUCGGGUUACAUACGCUUCAGGUUACAGACUCUGUUAACCCAGAAAUAGUACCUCGGGUUAAGAACUUUGCUUCAGGUUGAGAACAGAAAUCAUGCUCCAGCGGCGCUGCAGCAGCAGGAGGCCCCAUUAGCUAAAGUGGUGCUUCAGGUUAAGAACAGUUUCAGGUUAAGAACGGACCUCCGGAACGAAUUAAGUACUUAACCCGAGGUACCACUGUAUUGCCUGCACUGAUUGGCAGGGCUCUCCUGGGUCCUAAAUCGUCGUUUGGUUAGCGGAAUAGCAGAACUUUUGGCGGAUAAGUAGAUUCUGUAAAUACACAGAUGGCAGAAAAUGUAUUGAGUAGAGAUUUACUAAGGCAUCCAUCUUACCAUUUGUUGUUAGCUCCCUAGCAAGGCAAAACUUAGCUCCUUUAGAGCAAAUCCAGUUUCAGCAGUCAAAAUGAAUUACACCACAUAAAUGCCAAAAUGAAAGUAAGUACAGGACGGUACAAGAAGGAAGAGUAUGUGAGCUCCCCAGCAGGCAGUUGAUAUAGACUGUCGUGGGGCAAACAUCCUUGAAGUUUGGAGAUAGCACAGUAGAAAACCAACAGCUGUGCCCUCUCUGUGCCCUCCAGAACACUUCAGAACCUUUGAAAGCAGAAUGUACCAGAAUGUUCUGGUGGCUUCUGCACUUAGAAAACUUAUUCCCUGACGCAGUCGACCUUCGUAAUAAUAAUAAUAGUAAUAGUAAUAAUAAUAAUUUAUUAUUUGUACCCCACCCAUCUGGCUGGGUUUCCUCAGCCACUCUGGGUGGCUUCCAACAAAGAUUAAAAAUACAUCAAAAUGUCACACAUUAAAAACUUCCCUAAACCGGGCUGCCUUCAAAUGUCUUCUAAACGUCAGGUAGUUCUUUAUUUCCUUGACAUCUGAUGGGAGGGCGUUCCACAGGGCGGGCGCCACUACCGAGAAGGCCCUCUGCCUGGUGCCUGUAACCUCACUUCUCACAGUGAGGGAACCGCCAGAAGGCCCUCAAAGUUGGACCUCAGUGUCCAGGCUGAACGAUGGGGGUGGAGACGCUCCUUCAGGUAUACUGGGCCGAGGCCGUUUAGGGCUUUAAAGGUCAGCAGCAACACUUUGAAUUGUGCUCGGAAACGUACUGGGAGCCAAUGUAGGUCUUUCAAGACCGGUGUUAUGUGGUCUCGGCGGCUACCCCCAGUCACCAGUCUAGCUACUGCAUUCUGGAUUAGCGUAAUCCAGCCGCUACAUAAGGUAGGGAGGAGAGAGUGCUGCGGUGAAGAGGGUUUGCACUGGGAGAAUGCUUUCGCAUGGGGGAAGUUAGCCAGCAGCAUCUCAAUGCUCAAAGCCCAACGGCGCCGGCCAGCCUGCCUUGUGUUCUGACGGCAUCCUCUCAUCUUCUUCUUUUUUUAAAUUUAAUUUUUAUUGAUUUUAAUAUAUAAAUUAUAAAAUGUACCACAAAACUUAUCACUUAUACAAUCUUUUUAGACUUCCAUCAGCACCUCUGAUGAUCCACCGUUUUUGUUGGCUUUUUGCAGUAUGGUAGCGCUGCAGAGAGCUUGUUGGGGAGACCAUGCAUUAAAAAGGGACUCAAAAAUAAUUUAAGCAAGGUUUUAAUAAGAAAAACAAAAACUCCUUUUACACUAAAUACAUUAACAAACAAACAUGACCCAACCACCAACCCAGGGUAAUGGGAGAGCUAGGUGCUGCUCCUUAUAUACUACACCCAAUUGCCAAACACAGCUUAAUCAGUACAACUCGGCAGCACCUGCUAUGUUUCACUGCUGCAAAGCUGGGUCUCGCUAUCUUGCUCUGGCCCUUUUCUGGCCCCUUAAAGACAUACACAUCGAGUGGAACAAUGAUGAACCUUUACAUAUUAAACCAUUCAACAUUUCCCCUGCGGUUCAUCAUUGUGGAACAAAACGUAAAGCAUACUUUGUACAUGUUUUUCAUGUAUAACCUUUGGAAGUGCUUUUGUAAAAAAUGUCUGCAAUUUGAUUGUCACCUGGAACAUAUUUAAAUACAACCAUUUCAUCAGCAAUUAGUUUCUUUACAAACUGUAAACGUAAUCUUAAGACUUUAGUGCGCUGCGUAUUGGUUUCUGAACAUAGGAUAGCGAGUCCACUCUGGGAAUCAAGGUAAACUUUCACUGGUAGAGUUACUUGCAUCUGUAGGUCUGCAAAUACUUGCAGAUACCAUUCUACAUCACGAGUGGCCUGAACGCAUGCACAUAAUUCACUCUCUGUUGUGGAGAGACAAAUAAUGUUUUGUGUCUGGGACUUCCAUUCAAAUGGACAACCGUUAUAACAAAACACCAUACCAGACACACCCUGCAAUUAUUUUGUUCCACUGCAUGAGAUGCAUCGCAGAAAAUUUCAAAACCUUUGUCAGUACUUGUUGUAAACUGCAACCUAUAAUGUUUGGUAUGUUUAAGGUACAUUACCACUCUCUUAAGAGCAGAGAAACAUUAUGUAGUGGGCUUUUCCACAAAUUUUGCCAGAAAGUGAAAGGCAUAAGUUAUAUCUGGUCUUGAGAUUCUUUGAAUGAAAUUUAGCUUGCCUAUAGCAGAACGAUACAAAGUUUUGUUAGGAAAUGGCUUAUCUUCACCUGUAAAAGUGAAACCACACACCAUGGGCUUUUCCUUCCCAUUUGCUUUUUCUAAACGUAGCAUUUCAACAAGUUCAUCAAUUUUUGCAGUUUGAUGAACCAGAAAAGAUCCAUUUUUGCCUUUCUCAAUUUGCAUGGAUAAGUAAUUUUUAGCUAUGCCUAAUUCCACCACAUCAAAUUUCUUCUGUAACUGUGUUACUACCUGUUCAUAUUCCUGUUUAGUUUUUGUAGAAAUUAACACGUCAUCUACAUACACACAUAUUUUUGCUACAGAGUUUGCCCUUUCCUUUAUAAACACACACAUUGUCUGCCUUUCCCUGUGAAAAACCAAUAUCCAGCAAUUCUUUUGCUAAAGUUUGAUGCCAAUUCCUUCCACUUUGGUGCAGACCAUAAAGGGAUUUAUUUAAUUUGCAUACCAAACCUUCAGCGGCGUCUAUGCCUUCAGGGACACGCAUAAAAAUUUGUUCUUUUAAAUCUGCAAACAAAUAUGCAGUUUUUAUAUCUAGGUGAUAAACAGAAUGUCCACGUUGUGAUGCAUCUUUGAACAAAAGCUUAACUGUUUCAUAUUUUACACUUGGUGAAUAACACAAAUCAUAAUCUUCGCCUGGAAUUUGUUAAAAACCCCUAGCAACUAAUCUUGCCUUGUACCUUACAACUUCAUUUUUGUCAUUCAUUUUAACUCUAUAAACCCAUUUUGAAUCAAUAAGUCUCAUAUCUGGGGUUUGUGGUACAAGAGACCAAGUGUUAUGCUCUUUUAAAGAAGCUAUUUCAGAGUUCAUAGCUUUAUACCAAUUUACAGCUUGGUGCUUAGGUAAAUUCUGAACAUCAUUGUAGCUUUUGGCUCAAAACUGCCUUAUUGGCAUACACAGUAUUAAAAUGUUCAUCUGCAAAACGUUGUGGCUUCUGUCUCUUUCUAUCUGAACGUCUCAGUCCGGAAGGAGAGUCAGACUCCUCAGACUUAAUGGGACUAUGUAAACUACUAGUUUCAGGUUGUAAAUCAUCAUUGUCAGACUGAAGAGAUGCCUGUUGGCUAAGCUCACGGUCAGAAAACUCAAGAGAAUCUAACCUCCCUCGGGUGCCUGUGACUUUAAAUCAUCAAAGAAAUUAUCAGAUUCAACAGGCUUUUGUCUUCUUCCAUUAAUUCAGAAGCACCAUUUCCUGCUGCUGCUGCUGCUUCUUCUACCUCUUCUUCCUCAGUAUUAUCUAUACCGUUAGUAUCUUGGAAAAUAGCAACGCCAUUCCAAUUUACAGUUUGUAUCAUGCUUCUGGUAAUAUGAAAUUUGCCAGUUGCUGGUAUGUAAAUUCUGUACGCCCCCUGCUGGUAGCCCAUUAAUUUUCCCUGGACAUUACGUUCACCCAAUUUCUGCUUAGCGGGAUAAUGCAUUAUUACAUCUGAACCCCAAAUGCGUAGGUGUUUCAAAUUAGGGCAUUUUUUAAACAGCUUCUCAAAGGGGGUGACAUCUAAACCAGAAUGAUAACUGCGAUUCCUAACAUAACAAAAGGCAUUGAGCGCUUCAGCCCAAAAGUCUUUGGGCAGAUUAGCAUCGUGCAGAUAAGUUUUAACCCCUGCCUGCAGGUCACGCUGCACAACUUCAACAAGCCCAUUUUGCCAGGGACUUCGGGGCAAGAUAACUCAUGAGUAGUCCCCUGCGCUUCCAGGAAUUUCUCAAAAUCCUCAGAAACAAAUUCCCCGCCCCGUCAGAAAAAAGGUUCUUAAUAGGUUUGUUAAAAUGUGUUUUUACCCAGUUGCAAAAAACUUUGUACUUCUCAAAUGCUUGGGACUUCUCAGCUAUUGCAUAAGUCCAACAAUAUCUACUAUACUGGUCUAUCAGGGUAAGCCAGUACUUAGAACCUCCUAAGGAUGGUGGGAGUGGCCCAACUAAAUCACAAUGUACACGCUCAAAUGGCUCAGUUACUUUCCUAUCUGAGCACCUACCCUUGCGUGCAACCUUAAUCUUAUUCUUGCAACAGGAUAGACAUUGCAUAAAGAAUUUACAUGGUUUUAAGUUGAGGCCAUUAACAAUAUUCUUGGUCUUAAUUACAUCAGCAAAAUUCAGAUGUCCCAGAAUUCUGUGCGCCUCAUGGACACACCCAGAAUGUGGCUUUACAUUCCUCAACCCCGGCUUGACUGUGCUGCUCUGCAAUUUAUAGGCGAUUGGGAGUAGGUGCGAAAAUACAGUCUAUAUAAACCAUCAGAUUCCCGGGCAUACAAUAGACGUUUGUUCCCCUCGAAAAACUCACACAUUGACUUUAAGAAACGCACAGUUAUGCCUUGACGAGCAAAACACCUUACUGACAAUAAAUUGUCCACUGAUGGGCAGUAAAUGCAGUUCGCUAUAGUAAUGUUUAAAGAGUCAAGUUUAACAGUACCCCUGCCAAGCGACUGCAAGACUUGUGAAUUGGCUAAAUGUACAUUACCAAUUUCCUCUUCGAAAGAAAUAAACAAGCUUCGAUCGUUGCAAACGUGCUGAGAUGCUCCUGAGUCCACAAUAAAAGAAUUCCACUUGGCACCUUUAAUUCUUUUACGAUCUCUUGUGCUAGCGUGAAAAGCUCGCGGCUCGUUUCUGUCUUUACAGUACGAUGCCGGCUGCUGAGCUGACGACCGUGACUGACGAACAGAAACAGACUUGGGAGUACUUUGCUUUCUUUUGGAUCUGCAGUCCUUUGCAAAAUGUCCUUGCUUAUUGCAGAACCAACAACGCUUUGCAGCUUUAAAUGCAGUUGUAUCACCACAAGUUUGCAUAUGGCGUUCCUCAUUCUUUCUGGAAAUAGGAGUGCUUAUGGCACAAGCCUCCCUUCUGUCCAACUCGCCCAUUAAUCUUGCUGUUACCCCUUCCACAGUUAAUUGUGCUGGUGGAACGGCAGAUAUCUGGCUAGCUAUACCAUCAAAGUCCUCAUUAAGGGAACAAAGGAUGAUGAAAACAUACUGAAUAUCAGGUAUCUCCAUGUCCCUUCGAAUUAAUUCGCCGCGUAUUGCCUCCAGACGCUCUCAAGUGUGCUGCCAAAUCACCACCAGGCUGCAACUUCGUCUGGUACAACUGCUUGAAAACGUCAAUGCAGACGCUGACUCUUUUCUAACAUGCACUGCUGCAAGACUGUCCCACAUUUCUUUGGCAGUUUUCUUAUUUCUUAUAUAGACUACUUGCUGGUCGCUGACUGCCAAAUUAAUUAUCGCCCUGGCUUCGUGAUCUCCUUUCGACCAAGCAUUAGUUACAGGGUCAGGAGGGUCAUCAGUUACAUAGGUCCAUACUUCUCUAGAGGUCAAAAGCGCCCCACCCGAAAAGACCAUAAACUAUAGUUCUCAUCUGUUAGCUGUGGGAAGACCAGAGCCUUCUCAGCUUCAGGAACCCAGUCAACCAUUCUGGAACUCUUCCAGACCCACAGAACUAUGCUAACAGGAGAAGGAGUUUUCAAACCUUUCUCAGAGUCCAAAAAUAUGCAGUCAUCCACUCAGCAGCUGGGCCCAUAACCAAAGAUGUUGGCUUUUUGCAGUAUGGUAGCGCUGCAGAGAGCUUGUUGGGGAGACCAUGCAUUAAAAAGGGACUCAAAAAUAAUUUAAGCAAGGUUUUAAUAAGAAAAACAAAAACUCCUUUUACACUAAAUACAUUAACAAACAAACAUGACCCAACCACCAACCCAUCCCCCAGGGUAAUGGGAGAGCUAGGUGCUGCUCCUUAUAUACUACACCCAAUUGCCAACACAGCUUAAUCAGUACAACUCGGCAGCACCUGCUAUGUUUCACAGCUGUAAAGCUGGGUCUCGUUAUCUUGCUCUGGCCCUUUUUCUGGCCCCUUAAAGACAUACACAUCGAGUGGAACAAUGAUGAACCUUUACAUAUUAAACCAUUCAACAGUUUUAACCACUUCUUAUGCAUUUCUUAACUUUAUAUUGCCUUUACAUCUCUUAACAAAUCAUCCUUCCCCUUCUCCAUUUUUGCAAUACUUCCAAUCAUACUCCUCACAAAACUUCUUGCAAACCUACAAACGUCGUCUGAUCUUCACAAAUACUUUUCAAAUAGUCCAUAAUUUUACUUCAGUCUUCCAUGAAUUUCUGGUCCCGCCGGUUUCGAAUUCUUCCUGUUAGUUUAUCUAGUUCUGCAUAGUCCAUUAACUUCAUCCUCCAUUCUUCGAUUGUCAGUAAUUCUUCUUGCUUCCAUUUUUGGGCCAGUAAUAUUCUUGCUGCUGUUCUUGCAUAUAAAAAGAUUCCUUUUUACAUUCCUUUCUAUGGCAUCCUCUCAUCUUCUUGUUAGCAGAAGAGAUGGCCAUCAGCCUUCCCCGGAUCACUGCGCUGGCCGACUCGCAUCGCAGAGGACUGGCGUCAGGUGAGUCCCAUGCAGUAAACAUUGUGCUCUAUGAGAAAAAACAACAGCAGCAACAAAGGAAAUUAUUUGCUGUAUCAACCCACAUUCUGCACUCAGAAAAAAAUUCUGCAAACUGAAUCAGAGGCAGUGAUGCUUCUGAACACCAGAUGCUGGAAACCCCAGGAAGGGAGAGGACUCAUGCGCUCAGAUCCUGCUGGUGGGCUUCUCAUAAGCAUCUGGUGGGACGCUGUGGGAACAGGAUGCUGGAGUAGUUGGGCCAGUUGCCUGAUCCAGCAGGACUCCUCUUACGUUCUGACCUAGGGGUAAGCCCCAGUGAAUUUGGUUGGAUUGACUUCUGAGUAGAUACAGUUAGGGCUGCCCUGUAAGUUGGUGGCUCUCUUAACAGCAUAGUCUGGCUGUGAGCAGUGGGACUUGCUUCUGAGAAGAUCUGUAUACGAUUGCACUGCAAGCGUCACUUGAGCAAACGUGCAAAGGAAGGUAACCAAGCAAGAAAGAGAGAUGGGGCCCUGUUCAGGGUAUUGAAGUGCCAGGUAGGGACGUGGGUGGCGCUGUGGUCUAAACGACUGAGCCUCUUGUGCUUGCCAAUCAGAAGGCCGGUGGUUCAAAUCCCCACAACAAUGGUGAGCUCCCAUUGCUCUGUCCCAGCUCCUGCCAACCUAGCAGUUCGAAAGCAUGCCAGUGCAAGUAGAUAAAUAGAUACCACGGUGGCGGAAAGUUAAACGGUGUUUUCGUGCGCUCUGGCUUCCAUCUCGGUGUGCUGUUGCACCAGAAGUGGUUUAGUCAUGCUGGACACAUGACCUGGAAAGCUGUCUGUGGACAAACGCCAGCUCCCUCGGCCUGAAAGUGAGAUGAGCGCCGCAACCCCAUAGUCGCCCUUGACUGGACUUAAUCCGUCCAGGGGUACCUUUACCUUUUAAUGAGUCUCCAAGCGGCUCACAUUCUCCUUUCCCUUCCUCCCCCACAACAAACACUCUGUGAGGUGAGUGGGGCUGAGAGACUUCAGAGAAAUGUGACUGGCCCAAGGUCACCCAGCAGCUGCAUGUGGAGGAGCGGAGAUGCGAACCCGGUUCACCAGAUUAUGAGUCUACUGCUCUUAACCACUACCUUUUUACCUUUACUGAAAUGCCACCUUCGUUUGCUCAUCAGCUGGAUUUCCACUUUCCAAACCUGACCUGCUCUCCUGGAUGGACCGAGGGGAAGACCCCUGGGUUCCAGAUUUUCAGGAGCCGGAGGGAAGGGAGAUGCCAAGCGAGACUAACCCAGGUGAGGAACCAGCAUUUUAAAAAAUGGAAUUGAACUUCAGAACUCAAAGGCAGCUCUCCUGAACCAGACUAGUGGUCUAUCCUGGCUGGGAAUCAUAGAAUGGUAGAGUUGGAAGGGACCACGAGGGUCAUCCAACCUCUUGCAAUGCAGGGAUCUUUUUACCCAAUAUGGGGCUCAAACCCACAACCCUGAGAUUAAGAGUCUCAUGCUCUACCGACUGAGCUAUUCCAGCUAGGUCCGACCUGAACGACGUGGUGCGAUAAGUUGUGUCCCUUUCAGGCACUUAUAGCAUAUCUAGGACUGAUUCUCAUCUACAUGUUCAACACACAAUUACUCUGUUGGUUAUCAAGUGGUGACUUGCAUGUGUGGAUGAGCCAUUGCAGAUCAAAUACCAGACAGAGAGAUCUCCAUCCCCCCCACAACUCUUCCCAUUCUGGAGAUGCCAGUCAUUCAGGGCUAAGUGAGUAAGUUGUUGGGAUGGAUGUGGAAGGUAGGAUAGCAUACAUUGUUUAUUAAUUAUCCUUCCUCUUACUCACUUGGGUAAUAUUAGCAUCUAGUUUAGCAGAGUUAAGAGUAUACCAUCCUUUCUAACACUAACAUGGAAACUUGGGACAAAGUUAUGUAGCUUUCUAGAAUUAUCCAGGAUGCCUUUCUGCAGACCAGAGUUUCAUGAGAGACUUUGCAUGAGAGACUUUGUUUAUCCAUCUAUACAAAAUAACAACAAAGAACUCUGUAAUGUAAAAUGUAAUAAUAUGAUUUGCUUACAUAAAGUUGCACACUUGUUUCAAGCAGAAAAUAGCAGUAAAUAAGUCAGGCAAAAUAUCUUUCUAAAUUACAAAAUACAUGGCUUAGAUUAGGGCUUCCCAAAUUUGUGUCUCUGGCUGUUUUUGGACUACAACUACCAUCAUCCCUAGCUAGCAGGACCAGUGGUCAGGGAUGAUGGGAAUUGUAGUCCAAAAAAACAGACAGACCCAAGUUUGGGAAACCCUGGUUUAGAUCAAACAUGGUGCCUGUGUUCAGGAGCACACAGAGCCUGCAUCCUUUCUGCAUGAAGAAGAAGAAGAAGAAGAAGAAGAAGAAGAAGAAGAAGAAGAAGAGGAGUUUGGAUUGGAUAUCCCACUUUAUCACUAUCCUAAGGAUAGUGAUACUGCCCACCUAGCAGUUCGAAAGCACAUCAAAGUGCAAGUAGAUAAAUAGGUACUGCUCUGAAGAUAAACAGCGUUUCCGUGCACUGCUCUGGUUCGCCAGAAGUGGCUUAGUCAUGCUGGCCACAUGACCCGGAAGCUGUACGGCGGCUCCCUCGGCCAGUAAAGCGAGAUGAGCGCCGCAACCCCAGAGUCGUCCGCAACUGGACCUAACGGUCAGGGGUACCAUUACCUUUUAAGGAGUCUCAAAGUGGCUAACAUUCUCCUUUUUCUUCCUCCCCCACAACAAACACUCUGUGAGAUGAGUGAGGCUGAGACACUUCAGAAAAGUGUGACUGGCCCAAGGUCACCCAGCAGCUGCAUGUGGAGGAGUGGGGACGCGAACCCAGUUCACCAGAUUACGAGUGUACCGCUCUUAACCAUUACACCACACUGGCUCUCAAGUGGGAGGAAGUGAUAAGGAUUAUCUUAUUUUCAAUUUCAUCGUUCCGCAAGGGACAAUGACAAUAAAGAUAUCGUAAUCGUAAUCUUCCUAUUAUUACCCUUCCUGCCUGGGCAGACAGAGGAUAUGACCUCACAGAGUGCCCUCUAGGAAUUUACAGAGAACUCCAUGUGUCUUUACCCUUUGCUCACCUCACAAAAAUGAAAUUUAUUUUUUGACUGGAGCAUCAUUUCCUACAUAAGUGAUACUUAUUAUUAUUAUUAUUAUUAUUAUUAUUAUUAUUAUUAAUUUGUACCCCACCCAUCUGACUGAAGUUGCAUUCAGUUAAGUUAUGGGGGGGAGGUUAAAUAUCGAAAACAGGACUUAUACUGGAACAGUGCGAUUUUCGCAGCUGCAGUUGAAGUUGUAAAACAAUGUGAACAUAGAUCUUCGGGAGCUUUUUGGUAAAAGUUGUAAAACAGUGAACCACGCGAUGGAGCAAUGGAGAACUUUUGAAAUAAUGAUGGGAUAUUAGCUCUGCCCAAGGCAUGAUGGAAGCAUCAGCUGGGAAAAGAUAGACAUAACACUUUACAAGGACAGGAAGGAAUACCACGGACGGAAUAAUUGUCACACACAGGAGGAAUAAAGAUACAGCUUCACCUAUAAGUUUAUAAAUCAUUAAAUGUGUCAAGAUGAAUGGAUGUCGUUAAUACUGCAGUUGUUAAAUAAAAGGUAAAGGUAAAGGACCCCUGACAGUUAAGUCCAGUGGCAAACAACUCUGAGGUUGCGGCGCUCAUCUCGUUUUACUGGCCGAGGGAGCUGACGUUUCUCUGCAGACAUGUGGCCAGCAUGACUAAGCUGCUUCUGGCAAAACCAGAGCAGCACACGGAAACGCCGUUUACCUUCCCACCGGAGCGGUACCUAUUUAUCUACCUGCACUGGCAUGCUUUCAAACUGCUAGGUUGGCGGGAGCUGGGACUGAACAACGGGAACUCACCCCGUUGUGGGGAUUCGAACCGCCAACCUUCCGAUUGGCAAGCCCUAGGCUCAGUGAUUUAUACCACAGCACCACCCGCAGUUGUUAAAUAAGGGGUGGUUAUUUUGAAUGGAAUGUAAUUGAGAGGAGUAAGAUCUUGGAACGCAGAAACAAAGUAAAUUAACAAUUCUAGCACACGGAAGGCCACCUAAAUUAUAUAAUUUGGCAUUUGAAUGAUUGGGAUUAGUAGUUGUAUUGUAAUUUGGCAUUGUUAUAAUGAGACUACCAUGAAUUAUUGUAAUUGAAAAUUAAUAAAAAUUAUUGUCAAAAAACAACAACAGUUAAGUUGUGGUGAAAGGUAUACCACAGAAGGCAGCUCACAUUUGCUUCAUUUGUCUUAGGUGAUGAGCUGAGAAGGAAGAAUGAGGAUACCCAUCAGCAAGAGGCUUUGAGCAAGACAGACCUGCAGGCAGAGAGCACCUUGGACGGGAGUCCAGUAGAGGCAGAGAGCCAGCCGGAAGGGAGACCGAGGCGCACAGAAGCAGCAGAAGGAAAGGCAGAGAAGGAAAAGCAGGCAGUGAGCGCUUCCAAACUCCUGCUGCCCUCUGGGAAGCCACAAGGGACCAAGAGGGGCCACCACUGCCCCGAGUGCGGCAAAAGCUUCAGCCAGAAGUCCAACCUCCUCAGGCACCAGAGGCUUCACUUGGACGAAAGACCCCACAAGUGUGACGGGUGCGAGAAGAGCUUCUCCGAGGCUGAGGCCCUGGCCAAGCACCGGAAGUGCCACGCAGGCGACAAGCCAUACAAGUGCGAGGACUGCGGGAAGAGCUUCAGCUGGACCUCUCACCUGGAGCGGCACCGGAGGGUCCACACCGGGGAGAAGCCCUACGCCUGCAAGGAGUGCGGGAAGGCCUUCAGCGUCGGGUCGCACCUGGAGCGGCACCGGCGGAUCCACACCGGGGAGAAGCCGUACCAGUGCAAAGACUGCGGGAAGAGCUUCACUGUCAGCUCCACCCUGGCACAACACCAGAGGACCCACGCGAACGACAAGCCCUACCAGUGCGGGGACUGUGGGAAAGGCUUCAACCUCAGUGCCAACCUGGCCGCUCACCAGAGGAAGCACCUGGGCCAGAAGCCGUACGAGUGCCCUGACUGCGGGAAGAGCUUCAGCUUCACGUCCCACCUCGAAAGGCACCAGAGGAUCCACACGGGGGAGAGGCCCUAUCAGUGCCCCGACUGCGGAAAGAGCUUCAGCCGCAGCUCCCACCUCUACCGGCACCAGCGGAUCCACACGGGCGAGAAGCCCCGGCAGUGCGCGGACUGCGGCAAGAGCUUCUACCUCAGCGCGGCCGCCCUCCAUCACCUCGGGACGUCCCCAGCAGCGGGCCGGGAUCCCACCAAAUGCUCCGACUGCAGCCGCAAACGGGCCGCCCCCAACCCACCCUCUCCACCGCCGCUGCCUGCCUCGCCGCCACCGUGCAGCGAGAAGCCCCACAAGUGCGCGGACUGCGGGAAAGGCUUCGGCCAGAGUUCGUCGCUGGUGAAGCACCAGAGGAUCCACACGGGAGAGAGGCCUUACCAGUGCCCGGAGUGCGGGAAAAAGUUCAGCUGGUGCUCGGCCCUCAUCAAGCACAAGAGGAUCCACACGGGCGAGAAGCCGUACCGGUGCGAAGAGUGCGGGAAGGCUUUCAGCGUCAGCUCGCACCUUGAGAGGCACCAGCGCGUGCACUCGCCCGACAGGCCCCACAAGUGCGGCGAGUGCGGGAAGACCUACGGGGAGCUGGCGUCUCUGGUCAAGCACCAGAAAUCCCACGCAGCCGAGAGCAAGCGUUACGGGUGCGCCGACUGCGGGAAGAGCUUCUGCUGGAGCUCGCACUUGGAGAGGCACCGGAGAAUCCACACGGGGGAGAAGCCUUACGCCUGCGGGGAUUGCGGGAAGAGCUUCAGCGUCAGCUCCCACCUGGACCGGCACCGGAGGAUCCACACGGGGGAGAAGCCCUACCGCUGCAACGAGUGCGGGAAGAGCUUCAGCGUCAGCUCCACCCUCCUGCAGCACCAGAGGACCCACUCGAGCGGAAAGCCCCACAAGUGCAAGGAGUGCGGGAAGCGCUUUGUGGCCGGCGCCCAGCUGCUGACCCACCAGCGGACCCACCGGGGCGAGAAGCCCUACGAGUGCGCCGCCUGCGGCAAGAGUUUCGGCUUUGUCUCGCACCUGGAGAGGCACCGGAGGGUCCACACGGGCGAGAAGCCGUACCAGUGCCCCGUGUGCGGGAAAUGCUUCAGCCGCAGCUCCCACCGCAACCGCCACCAGCGCACGCACGCGGCCAACCGGCCCCCCAAGGGAGGGGCGCGGGGAGGGGCCGAGGGUGGGAAAGGGGGCUCCAAGCGCUACAAGGAGCCGGGCCCGAGUGUUCCCGAGCCCGCUCUCUCUAUCAUGCCGCCCUGGUGGGUCGAGGGAGACAGGAACAGCAACCCGCCAGCUGCCCCCACGUGGCCCGAGGUCCCAACUCCCUUCCAGAGCCCUAUCCCUAAUGCCGUCCAUCCUGGGGGUCUGCAGGGCUGGGGCGUGAAGGGGUUCUUGCCCCCAGAUACAUGGAGACUGGGGGAAAGCAGCUCGGGCUGGGCGUCCACCCUUGCCCAAGAUGGUUGGCCGCAACUUCCCCCCACCUCCUAACUGGGCGAUGGACCUCAACUUCCAGAUCUGUUUUGGCUUGCGGGGUGAGGCAAGAGAGGAAGUAUUCAUCUUUCCUCCACCACCGCCCCUCAGCUGAUGCUGAAAAAGUACGAGGUAACAGCUCUGCUGGGACGGUAGCAUUUCAGAAUGGGUGUUUCUGGGCGUGGAGGAACGAUUACUUGAGCACUUCUUCACAUUAAAGAAGAAAACAAAACUCCUGCAUGUAGACAACUAGUGUUUUGAAAGAGGAGGAGGAAGCUGUGGGGAAGCUGCUUGUGGGCCUCCCAUACAGGACUCUUCUUAUGGGGUUUCCAUGUUCUGAGAGGGCCGGAUUCGACCACACGGUUGUGCUAGUGGGAGCCAGCACAAUCGGAACGCAAGCAGAGCCUGCUGGAUCUCACAGUGGCCAACCAGAUGAAUUAAUCCGGCUAGGGCAACCGGGGCUUUGUCCCCACACGACUCCCCAAAGCAGCUGGC